AGAGAGAGAGAGAGGGAGGGAGGGAGAGAAGGUUUGGAAGAUGACAGAGACGACGCCUAAUCACACACAGACUGUGAAAGGAUGGGCAGCACUGGAUUCUUCGGGGAAGAUAACUCCAUUUGUCUUCAAGAGAAGGAGGAACGGGGCAGAGGAUGUAACUAUAAAGAUAUUGUACUGUGGGAUGUGCCACACUGAUCUUCAUUAUGCUAGAAAUGAUUGGGGAGUCACCACCUUCCCGGUUGUUCCAGGGCACGAGAUCACAGGAAUUGUCAUCACCGUGGGAGAAAAUGUGAGCGAAUUCAAGUUAGGCGACAGAGUAGGCGUCGGUUGCCUCGCAGCCUCUUGCCUUAAGUGCGACAUGUGCUUGGCCUACGAAGAGAACUACUGCAGUGAAAUCCAGCUCACCUAUGGCGGCAUCUACUGGGAUGGAAGCCUCACAUAUGGCGGCUAUUCCACCAUCAUCGUCUCCCACAAACGGUUUGUGGUGAAGAUUCCGGAAAACUUACCGAUGGACUCGGCGGCGCCGCUGCUUUGCGCGGGGAUCACCAUGUUCAGUCCCAUGAAGCAGAAUGGGAUGCUGGAGCAGCCUGGUAAGAGGCUCGGCAUCGUCGGCCUCGGCGGUCUCGGUCACGUCGGUGUCAAGCUUGGGAAGGCUUUUGGACUGCACGUGACGGUGAUUAGCACGUCGGCGUCCAAAGAGGAUGAGGCAAAGCGUCGGCUUUUUUGUGGUGCUGAUGAUUUCAUCAUCAGCACCAAGAUGGAGCAAAUGGAGGCGAAGAGAAAAAGUCUGGACUACAUCCUGGACACAGUAUCAGCUCAUCACCCGCUUGGGCCUCUCCUGGAGCUCCUGAAGGUCGGAGGAACGCUGGUGCUCGUUGGUGUUGCAGAGAAACCUCUUCCUCUCCCCUCCUUCCCGCUCUUAUUCUCGAAGAGGAAGGUGGUGGGGAGCUUGAUAGGUGGGAUGAAGGAGACGCAGGAGAUGAUGGAUUUGUGUGGGAAGCACAACAUAACAUGUGAUAUUGAGACUGUGAGGCCGGAAGGAAUCAAUGAGGCCAUGGAAAGGCUGGCUAAGAACGACGUGCGCUAUCGAUUUGUUAUAGAUAUUGGUUCAUCUUCCAGCAAUGGCGUCGCUUAGUUUGUUUGUGUUCUGAGGUGAGAUUGAUGUUUUUCGUAUUGUUGAUUGGCCUUGGGAUGUUUUCAUGCGAUAAGCUUUCGAGUAUUGUUGUUGUUAUUAUUAUUUCUGCUUUUAUGAUAUGUUACCGUAGAGAGAUGCAGUUUUGAUGUGAUGGUAUGUCGUAUAAAUCUUUAAUAAUAAGUUCCAUCUGUAGGUUCUUAUUAA